GGUCCAGCGCCAUCUCCGCCUCGAAGCCCCUCGAAGCGUCGCCUAAGAUGUCCCUCGUAACGUAGGCCUUUCGUGGAAUUUCUCGUCCCCGGUGCGAAAUCAUGGUCGGCAAGUCGGCGGGGAACCAACAUGUAUAUCAGACAGAUUAUUAUUCAAGGUUUUAAGAGCUACAGGGAACAGACGGUUAUUGAUCCAUUUGACCCACGGCACAAUGUAGUCGUUGGGCGAAAUGGAUCGGGAAAGAGUAACUUCUUCUAUGCUAUUCAGUUUGUGUUGAGCGAUGAGUUCUCACAUCUGCGUGCAGAGCAGCGCCAGGCCCUCCUCCACGAGGGUACUGGCCCUCGCGUCAUCUCUGCUUUUGUGGAGAUAAUCUUCGACAAUCAGGAUGGCAGAAUACCCAUUGACAAGAAUGAGGUAUGCCUCCGCCGUGUCAUCGGGGCAAAGAAGGAUCAGUACUUCCUCAACAGGAAGGCUGUCACGAAGCUCGAUGUCAUGAACCUCCUGGAGUCAGCUGGUUUCUCUCGCUCUAAUCCCUACUACAUCGUCAAACAGGGUAAAAUCAACCAAAUGGCAACAGCACCUGAUUCGCACAGAUUGAAGCUCUUGAGAGAGGUUGCUGGAACACGUGUGUACGAUGAGAGAAGAGAAGAAUCCAAAGAAAUCUUAAGAGAAACUGAAAGUAAGAGAGAAAAGAUUGAAGAAUUUUUAAGAACAAUUGAAGAUCGAUUAAAGACCCUAGAGGAGGAAAAGGAAGAGCUGAAGGAGUACCAGAAGUACGAUAAGAUGCGAAGAGCCCUCGAGUACACCAUACACGACAGGGAGUUGAAGGAAACCCGGAAAAAGUUGGAUGAUAUGGAGAACCAACGGAAAAACUCUGGUGCAGAACAAGAGAAGUUAAGACAACAGUUACAGAAAGCUCAAGAUGCUAUCAAAACCUCUUCCAAAGAAAUGAAAGAUAUCAAACAAAAGCUAGGACAAGUCAAGGAGGAGAGAGACACCUUCAAUAUGGAACAGCAGCAGUUGUUGAAAGAAAAGACCAAAUUGGAAUUUACAAUAAAAGAUUUAGCAGAUGAAGUACAAGGUGAUAACAAAUCCAAAGAAAGAGCAGAGAAAGAGUUACAAAAACUGCGCUCAACUAUAUCUCAAAAAGAAGCUGAACUUGAAGCCAUCAGACCUCAGUAUGAAGAAAUGAAAGCGAGGGAAGAUGAGGCACAGCGAGAGUUGUCCUUGAAAGACCAGAAGCGCAAGGAACUGUAUGCCAAGCAGGGUAGAGGGAGCCAGUUCACAUCGAAGGAACAGCGUGACCAGUGGAUCCAAAAGGAAUUAAGGUCUCUCAACAAGGCCGUGAAGUCUAAGCAGGACCAAAUUCAACGGCUGGAAGAUGAAAUUUCGCGUGAUUCUGAACGGAGAGUACAGCUUGAUAAGAAAGUCGAGGAACUCUCUGCAGACACAGAGGACUACCGACAGAGUAUUGAUGAGCACAACAAAGUCUUUUAUGAGAUGAAGAAGAGAAAAGACCAGUUACAGAGUGAGAGAAACGAGCAUUGGCGCAAGGAGAACAAUCUUCAGCAGAAUGUGAGCACUCUGAAGGAGGAACUGUCAAGAGCAGACCAGUCGCUUCGAUCUAUGGCCGGCAAGCCCAUUUUAAAUGGUCGAGACAGCGUGCAGAAGGUGCUAGACACUUUUCGGGAACGUGGAGGUCAUCUUGGGGAGAUUGCCACACAGUAUUAUGGUCUUCUGAUCGAGAACUUUGAGUGCGAGAGGUCCAUUUACACGGCCGUAGAGGUCACAGCUGGCAACAAAUUAUUCCAUCACAUUGUGGAGUCGGAUAAGAUUGGCACACAAAUCUUAAAGGAGAUGAACAAACAAAAGCUACCUGGAGAAGUGACAUUCAUGCCUCUCAACAGAUUGACAGUCAAGGAUAUUGAUUAUCCACAAACAAACGAUGCCAUUCCCAUGGUGAGCAAGCUUACCUAUUCAGACCGGUACCUCAAAGCGCUGAAGUACAUCUUCGGACGCACCCUCAUCUGCCGUAAUCUAGAGGUGGCCACACAUCUUGCCCGCUCAACUCGACUGGAUUGUGUGACACUUGAUGGUGAUCAGGUAUCCAGCAAAGGUUCCUUGACUGGUGGCUACUUCAACACCUCAAGAUCACGCCUGGAAAUCCAGAAGGCGAGAUCAGAGUUGCGCGACCAGAUCACAUCGGCAGAAACAGAGCUCAGGACGCUACAGGACACCCUUAGAAACACAGAGCAGGAAAUCAACAAGAUAGUGUCUGAAAUGCAAAAGACGGAGAUCAAGAACAGCAAAGCCCUCCAAGAAAUCUCUGUAGAGGACCGCAAACGUCAGCUAGAGCACAGUCAAAGUGAGAUCCAGAGAGUGGAUUCACGCAUCGAGGAAGUAGCUGUCCAGUUCAAGGAAGUGGAGAAGAAAGUGGUUGAACAUCAGAAAAAGGAAAAGAGUUUAAAAGCCGAGCUGGAAAAACUGAAAUUAAAAGAAAAGGAAGUAAUGGAACGUAUGGAAGAGGAUGCUAAGGAUUUGGAAAAGAUGGCAUCCAAACAGAAUCUUCUGCACCAGAAGAUUGAUGAGUGCACCAAAAAGAUCAGGGACCUUGGCUCCUUGCCCUCCGAUGCCUUUGACAAAUACCAGAAUCUGGCAACAAAGCAGUUGUUCAAGAAACUAGAGACUGCAAACACAGAGCUCAAGAAAUACUCCCAUGUCAACAAAAAGGCCUUGGACCAGUUCAUAUCAUUCUCUGAGCAGAAGGAAAAGCUGGUUUCUCGGAAAGAGGAGCUGGAUAGAGGUUAUGACAAGAUCAAGGAGUUGAUGAGUGUUUUAGAACAUCGAAAAUAUGAAGCCAUCCAGUUUACCUUCAAGCAAGUGUCAAAGUACUUCAGUGAGGUUUUCAAGAAGCUUGCUCCUCAGGGACAUGCUCAGCUCGUUAUGAAGUCUGACCAAGAUGAAGAAAGUGAGCAAGAAGAACAGGGAACUGUUGACAACUUCACUGGUGUAGGCAUCAGGGUGUCCUUCACUGGCCGGAAUGCGGAGAUGAGAGAGAUGAACCAGUUGUCUGGAGGUCAGAAGUCUCUUGUGGCUCUGGCUCUUAUCUUUGCCAUUCAGAAGUGCGACCCUGCCCCCUUCUAUCUUUUUGAUGAAAUUGAUCAGGCACUUGAUGCUCAACACAGAAAAGCAGUUGCUGACAUGAUCCAUGAACUUAGCAAGGAUGCGCAGUUCAUCACCACAACUUUCAGACCAGAGCUGCUUGAACAUGCCAACAAAUUCUAUGGUGUCAAGUUCAGGAACAAAGUGUCCCAUGUGGAGUGUGUCUCAAGAGAAGAGGCGUACGACUUUGUGGAAGACGAUCAGACACAUGGAUAAAAAGAGGAUUUAUUUCCAUAAAACCAUCUGGUGAAUGGGCUGUGAGAUGGAAAGCAUGCUGUAUAAAGACAUUAUUAUUGCAUAUUCCAUCAGAACUGGAUUUAUUUUUUAAGAAAGAAAAAACUAAAAAAAUCCUUUGUUUGAGAGGAAGCAGAGAAACUUUUUUAAAGUCUUGUAAAUAUAUUUUCUCCACCCAUCCCUCCCUCACCCCAUAAUGGGGUAGGUAAGAAAGAGAAUAAUAUAAAAGUAUAUAAAAAAAAGUUUUUGAGUUCAACUUAACUGUACAUAAGAAUUUCAUUACUGAUGUUGCCUGUUAAUUACUCCUUUAAUUGGAGUGCAAUUUGUAUAAAAGAUUUUCAUCGAGAAAUUGAUGCUUAUUUUUGAUGUGCAGAAGUGGAAAAGGGACCUGAGGUACCAACCAUAAUUUUACACUACUUUAGAUAGAAAGCACUUUUUAUUUGUCUAUUACUGAAAAUCACAAAUUUACAGAUGUUAACUAAAUGAUUUUUAUUUAUGAAAACAAAAAGUAGGUUUUGUUUAAUUUAUAUCAUGGAAGAAAAAUCAUGUAUGAAAGUGCUUUUUUAUUUCUUUUGUAAUAAAGGAAAAUAUUACA